CGCGGCCACUUCUCGGGGCGCCGCCAUGCCACGCGCAGGCGGCACAAGACCCACAACGCGCGCAAUCGUCGUGGCUUCCGUGCCCCUGGUCGCCGUCGUGCUGCUCGCCUGCCUAGGCUGCGUGCUGGCAUCGCCCAACGUCCCGUGGUCGCCAGCGCAGUGGGCUCCAGCGCAGUGGCCGCCACUCGGCCAGGGGCAGAUGCAGGGCCAGAUGCAGGGCCAGGAGGGGUACCACGGCCAGCCGGCCGCACCGUGGACUGUCAGGCCAGACUGCACUCUCCACACCGCGCCGCCGCGUCCCAGAGUGAGGGAGGCGAGGGGUUCGCGGUCCCCGAUGGGCCUUGUCACCUUUUCGCCUUGUCCCAGGGAAGGCACUCAGGGGCAUGUCAGAGUCGCCGCCACCAUCAGACCGGGUCUUGACAGGCCCAACGCGCCGCCAAACGCGCCGCCCACGCAGCGACGCCACUUCGGCCGCAUCGUUGGAGGUGAGGACGCCCAGAUCAAAGACUAUCCGCACCAGGUGGCGUGGCUGUACAACAACGCCCUGCACUGCGGCGCCUCCAUCAUUAGCUACGAGUGGCUCAUCUCGGCGGCACACUGCUUCCCCAACGGCAACGCGACGGAGGGCAGCUCCUUCCGCGCCGGCUCCUCGGUGGCCGUGACCGGCGGCCAGCUGCUCUACCCGACGGCCUUCUACCAGCACCCGCACUGGCACACCCACGGCCUCGACAUGGACAUCGGGCUGGUGCGCGUCGAGCCGCUCAUCCGCUUGGAGGAGGCCGUGCAGCCCAUCCGGAUCGUGGACGCCGGCUACCGGCUGCUGGACUCGGACCAGCUCACCAUCACCGGCUGGGGGCUGACGCAGGAGAAGGCCGAGUCCCACUUCUACGGCGGCAGCUACGUGCUGCAGAAGGUGGUCAUCUACCCCGUGGACCACCAGCACUGCAGCGAGACGUACCGCAAGCUCAACCUGCCCAUCACGGAGCACAUGGUGUGCGCGCAGGGCUCUCACCGCGACACCUGUCAGGGCGACUCCGGCGGGCCGCUGACCGUCGUCUCGGACGUGGACUCGUCGCCCCGGCUGCUGGGGGUCGUGUCCUGGGGCGUCGGCUGCGCCCACGACAAGUACCCCGGGGUGUACACGGACCUGAGGAACAUGAACAUCAGGACGUACAUCGAGACCGUCACCGGCUACAGACUUGCUUAACAGACUGUACCAUUUUGAGCA